CAAAUCCGUCAUUUGGUUAAGUCUAAAACUUCUGAAUCAAAAUGAAGUUCGCAUUACUUAUCUUCGCUGCUGGGCUCGCCCUUGUUGAACCACACGGUUACGUGCACACUCCACUCUCCAGAACGUCUAUUUUCCGUAGACCAAACGAGUUCCCUGCAGCUCAACAACCCUUCUGGUGGGACGACACAGGUGUAUGGUGCGGAAAUGUUCAACAAAAUCAACAAUACUCCACUUGCGGACGUUGCGGUGAUGCCCCAGGAAACACUCAUGCCCAACAAGGAGGUAGAUACGACAAAGGUAUCAUCACUGGAACAUACAACGCUGGACAGGUCAUCAACGCCAUCGUUGAAUUCACUGCCAAUCAUCGUGGUGGUUUCAUGUUCGAACUUUGCCCACAAGUGACUGAGAACAACAACUGCUUCCAACGUCUUAACAUCAACAGCGCCGAUAGAGGAGUCCGAGACAACAACUGGGCCUGCUCAGGUGGCGACCACCAAAACGGACAAAUGCGUGUUGCCAUUCAAUUGCCAGCUGGUGUCAGAUGCACAAGAUGCACACUCCGUUGGACAUACAGAACAUCAUACCCACCAGCACCAGAUGCGUGCUGGAAUCCAAACAACGCUCAAACCUUCAGAAAUUGCGUCGAUAUCAGAAUCAACUAGAUUUCCCAUUCUUAAAUUUGUUACUUCGGUUCUGACCUUGCUGUGAAAAAUAUAUCAAUUUAAAAUCAAACGAAAA